GUGCUACUACUCCCAAUAUUUCAUCUUAUGAUCCAAAUGUUUUUACUUCAUUUACUAUUGAAUCAUCCGAUACUGCUAUUCAGAAUGAUGGCUUUUUGGAUCUUUGGACUUCUCAAAAUCCUUCUCCUGAUGUAACAAAUGUCACAAUAAAUACCCGUAUUGCUUCUCCUAAACAAGGAAACGUGUACGUUACUGAUGACCCUUCAAAUUCCAAUUACAAAUUAUCAUUG